UUUGGUGGUGUGAGUGUGGCAACCAUUUUGUCUUUCGAUCCAAUUAUUGAGAUUCCUGAAGAAGCAGAGAACACAAAUCUUUAAAAACCAAACAAGGAAAAAUAUAAACAAAUGGAAGCAAAACCACUGCUCAAACCUUACAAAGAAAUGGGCAAGACCGAACUCUAUCACAGGUAUGUCAUCAACCUCAAUUCCAUCCAUUUUUCUAUUUGUUUUGAUUGAAAUUCACAUGUAUUAUAAUUGUCUGAAUAAUAGACUCCCAAGUAUCCAUUCAGUAACUCCCUUUAUCAAUCAUGAUUUAAAUCACUUCAAACAGCGGAGCUGGAAAUCUAGCCGAGCUAGCUCCGCCUUGCUUCAAAACACGUAUGACGGGCUAUACGGCGAACAUGCCACCGGUUAGUCUGAAACACCGCACCUUCCUCGUUCAUCAGCCACCAAAUCUACCCGUUUUAACUUGUCAAACAUUUCUAGUGGGUUUCUUGUACAUGGAAUUGAAGAAAUCAGAGAUUAUCUCUCUUUGGGCAGGCUUGAAAUGGCAUUCACAGAAGUUUGAACAGAAAGAAAUUGACCAUUGUGUUAUGUCAUUCCGGCUUCUCCGUUUUUAGAGUUUCGUUCAAAAUAAAAUUCCAUUUUCUUGGCUUUAGAAUUUGUGCCCAGUAGGUGUUAGAUGAAAUUCCUCAACCAAACAUGCUCCUAGUUCUUUUAGGUAACCCAAAACACGGAAAGAUAUGUCUCAAAUCCCACAAAACACGGGUUAGACAAAUUUUCCAAAGAUCUAUCUACAUCUCUGCCUUCUGCAUCUUCAGCCCAUCAUUGUGCGCACCAAUGGAGGAAAUCCAAGAGACUGCUACGGAGAAAGAAUCUGAUCAACCAAGGAGUUACUGGAGAUGGAGCAAAACUGAUUUCUUUCCAGAACCAUCUUUUCAGAACUGGGCUACAUACAAAACAGCAAUCACUGAAUCUGGGUCAAGAUUCAAAGAUCGUUUCCUCAACCGUUCAACCGAUUCUUUCGAGCUCAAUGUGCUGCAGAAACAAAGUGAAAACACAUUGCACAGAUGCCUUACAUGGUGGGAUCUUAUGUGGCUCAGCUUUGGUUCUGUCGUUGGUACUGGGAUUUUUGUGCUUACUGGACAAGAAGCACAUAACCAUGCAGGUUCUGCUAUUGUUAUAUCAUAUGCAAUUUCAGGUCUCUCAGCUUUAUUAUCUGUUUUCUGCUAUACAGAAUUCGCAGUGGAAGUUCCAGUUGCUGGUGGUUCUUUUUCUUAUUUGAGGAUUGAAUUGGGAGAUUUUGUAGCUUUUAUUGCUGCAGGUAAUAUUCUCUUGGAAGCUGUAGUUGGUGCAGCUGGAUUAGCUAGAUCCUGGACAUCAUACUUUGCUACAAUUAUCAAUCGUAAUCCUGAUUCUUUGCGUAUACAUAUUAGUAGCUUUGCUGAAGGUUAUAAUAUGUUAGACCCAAUUGCUGUUGUAGUGUUAUUAAUAACAAACACUAUUGCGAUGCUCGGUACAAGAGGAGCUUCCAAAUUGAACUGGAUUGCAUCUCUUGUUACUGUUGCAUUGAUUGUUUUUAUAGUAAUAGCUGGUUGCGUGAAAGGAAGUGUUGAUAAUUUAACUCCCUUUGCUCCAUAUGGAGCAGGAGGUAUUUUUCAAGCUGCAGCAGUUCUGUUUUGGGCAUACACAGGAUUUGAUAUGGUUGCAACAAUGGCAGAAGAGACUAAGAAACCUGAAAAGGAUAUACCAAUAGGGUUAAUCGGUUCCAUGUCAAUGAUCACUAUAGUUUAUUGUUUGAUGGCUUUGUCACUAAGUAUGAUGCAGAAAUAUACUGAGAUAGAUGUGAAUGCAGCUUAUUCAGUUGCAUUUCAAAGUGUGGGUAUGAAAUGGGCAAAGUAUUUAGUUGCAGCUGGUGCUCUUAAGGGAAUGACUACUGGAUUAAUUGUUGGUGGGUUAGGGCAAGCACGUUACACCACACAGAUUGCUCGAUCUCAUAUGAUCCCACCUUGGUUUGCGUUGGUGCAUCCGAAAACAGGAACACCCAUUUAUGCGGCCUUAUUAGUAACCAUAUGUUCCGCCUGUGUGGCUUUGUUCUCCAGUUUGGAUGUCCUAUCGAGUGUUUCCUCACUCAGUACUCUAUUCAUCUUCAUGCUAAUGGCUGUUGCAUUGAUUGUUAGGCGAUAUAACGCGAGGAAUGUCUCUUCUACGGUUGAUCGCUGCAAAUUGGGUUUGUUUCUAUUCAUGAUAAUUGGUUCAUCUAUUGGAACAUCAGUUUAUUAUAGCCGUAAUGCUAAUGGAUGGAUUGGACAUAUGAUAACCAUACCCAUUUGGGUUCUUGGGAAUUUUGGAAUUAUGAUUUUUCUUCCUCAGCAGCAUUUUCCAAAGGUCUGGGGUGUUCCAUUAGUUCCAUGGCUGCCAUCUUUGUCAAUUGGAUUAAACUUGUUUCUAAUUGGAUCACUUGGUUCUGAAGCUUUUGUGAGGUUUGGAAUCUGUACACUGGUGAUGCUGGCGUACUAUCUAUUUUGUGGUCUUCAUGCGACAUAUGACGUUGCACACCAGAAGCAAGAUGAUCCAGGAUACGUACAGGAUGCUAACAUUAAGGGGAAAACAACGGAUGAAACAGAGAGUGGAACAGUAGUACAAAGGAGUUAAAGCUAAAAAAGGUGGAUCUUGAAGGAGAUAGGUGCAAUGCAUCAUAAUCAUGCGUCUCUCCUUAUUUCAUAGUAACUUUUCCCUAUCUAAAUAAAUUUCUUUGAUCGAAUAAACAUAAGUAUUUAUCAACGAGGAUACAAUUCAGAAACAGAUGCCUGAUUCACACUCCAUGCCUCUUCCACUGCUUGAUUGGACGCAAAAUAUGCAGGUCGUGUAGGUAAUGGGAGAGUCAUUGAGUUGCAAUUAAGCAUUAGGAUGACUGAGCCAAUGGUAGGUCUAUCAGCAAUUCUGUCUUGAACACAUAAUAGGGCAAUGUGGAUACACCUCAUUACUUCGUCUCUCGGACAACUCUCUUUGAAACUGGAAUCCAGCACUUCUAAAGCUGAUCCUCUCUGCCAAUGCAUCCAUGUCUGCAGGAACACAUUUGUAAUUAAUUUUUUUUUUCUUAUACUUGAUAAAAUUUAUUCCAGGCAGAGAACCCAAACAGUUAAAAUUCACUCACAUAAGUCAGAAGAUUUUGUGCAUCUCCUGAAUCCGUCAUAUAAAUAUAGGUAAUUUUCUUCCCGCUAA